AUGACAGUUAAGAACUGUUUUUUUUUCACUUGCGGAACCGAUCCUCGCAACCUCUCGCAACAACCUACCCCGCAAUCCACUAGCAAUCUGUGCCAGAAGCCCAGUGCGGAUCUGCGCUCCGACCCAGAAAUUGCCGACAAGACCAUCGACUGCCUCGGACUUGGGAUUUCACCGGAGGUCGAUCCGACGGUGCGGAUUUGCGCCGGCUGUGCCGAACGCGUCGACGCGCAGCACGCCUUCCGGACGCGAGACCUGCACUGCAACAGUUACGUCGAGAACGGGCUGGAGGACAAGGAAGACGAGGACGUGUGCCGGUUCUGCUUGAAGGCGGAUGGCGGGGCGGCGUUGGUCGAGUUGUUUCCGGGCGGCGGCGGGAGCGUGGCGGAUGAGGUGCAAACGGUGCGGGAUUGUUUAGGGGUUGAGAUCAACAGCUGGGACAUGGUGACGAAGAUUUGCGGGGAUUGUGUGGGCGGUGUUGAAGAGUUGGCUGAAUUUCGGGCGGAAUUUUCGCCGACAGCCGGCACCGAGGCCGGCACGGUGAAGCUGGAGGACGUGACGGAUUCGUCGGAUUCGUACAGCAUUGGCAGCGAAAAUGGGGAAGGGGGUGAGGGUUUUGAGUCGGACAGUUCGACGGCGGAUAACGGGGAGAAGCGUGGGGGAAAAGCGGAAGAUCACGGCACGGUCGCUGCCGUGGAUUGGAAGUGACCACGAGGUUAAGGCUAGUACGCUGAUCGGAAGGAAAGGGGUCAAGAAACAGCUUUACGAACAGCAGAACAAAAGAGAGAGAGCGAUUUCUUGGGGCUUUUCUUCACCCUCUCUGACUUGCUUGCGCUGCCGCUGCUGCCCAUUUG